UAUUAAUGACGACCAAGUUGCCGUGAUGACGUUCAGCCAGGACAGCACUUCCUGGUUACGAUGAGGCUAAGCUAACAGCUAGCUCGGCUUGUUGUUGUUCCUCCUCCGCUCAGCGGGGCUCCGCCUCAGUGUCUCUCCGGCGGCUUCAGUCACUGACAGACGGACGCUAGGCUCGGACUUCCACCGUUAUUGCCCCGGGAUGUCUUUCCUGGAGAAGCCUGCCCCCGGCAAGCUGCUGCUGGACGACACCGUGCCCCUGACCGCGGUGAUCGAAGCCAGCCAGAACCUGCAGUCCCACACGGAGUACAUCAUCCGAGUCCAGAGAGGCGUGUCUUCAGACAACAGCUGGCAGGUGAUUCGACGCUACAGUGACUUCGAUGUUCUCCACAGCAGCUUGAUGGUGUGUGGGAUCAGUCUCCCACUUCCUCCUAAGAAGCUGCUUGGAAACAUGGACAGGGAGUUCAUAGCGGAGAGACAGAGAGGACUGCAGAGCUACCUGGACUCCAUCACUCAGCAUCCACUGCUGUGCAGCUCCCUGACCAUCAAGAAGUUCCUGGACCCCAACAACUACUGUGCCAACUACACAGAGAUCGCCCUGCAGCAGGUCGCCAUGUUCUUCAGGUCGGACCUGAAGUGGGAGGUUCAGGAGCCUCUCAGAGACAUUGGCUGGAGGAUAAGGAAGAAAUAUUUUUUAAUCAAAAACAAAGAGCAGCCCAAAGAGAGGUACUUGCUGAGCUGGGUCGACAUCGGUCCUGAUAAGUUCCUGUCGGACAAAGACCUUCAGUCAGCGAUGAAGCUGCUCACCAGCCUCUCUGCGCCAUAUCUCUGUCCGCUGUUGUUCUCCAGCACCAGUGAGUCGUCAGCUCUGCUCAUCCGGCCGUUCAGUGAGCGAGGCUCCCUGAGAGACCACAUCUGUAAGGUGAAGCCCAGAGAGAGUUACCUGAAGAAGUACUGUAACCCGAAGAAGAGCCAGGGCCUCGAACUGCCACAGAUCAAACUGUACGGCCGGCAGAUCCUGGAGGGUCUGAAGCUCCUGCACGAUGGUGGCCUAUUUUAUGGUCACCUACAUGCGUCUAACGUCAUCGUGGAGGACGGCGUGUGUCGACUGAUGGACGUGGAGAACGGCAUGCUGGGAGUUCCCUCAAUACUACGACCCAGCUUCACCCCGCUCAGGAAGAUCAACACCGUAGAGAGCAUCGACGUCUUCUGCUUCGGUCACUUACUGUACGAGAUGACGUGCGGCCGCCCGCCAGACGGCGUCCCCGUGGAUCAGUACGCCUCUGUUCCCUACACAGCUGUGGUGUCAGUGCUGCAGUCCAUUCUGUCCUCAGAAGCCUCUAAGAGCGGGAUGCCGACGGUGUCGCAGCUCGUCCAGACACCGUUGUUCAGUGAUGUCCAGCUGCAACAGUCAGAAAAACUCCAGAUCAAGGUUCCCAGCCGGCUGAAGGAGGCCCUGAAGACGGCCAAGGAGAGCCUGGAGAGGCGGCUGCAGGAGGAGCAGAGGCUGAUGCACCAGCACAGGAGGUUGACCAGAGCUCAGUCGCACCACGGCUCCGAGGAAGAGAAGAAGAGGAGGAAGAUUCUGGCGAGGAAGAAGUCCAGACAGUCGGCUUAUGAAAAUGAAGAAGACCUCUCUGUCAGAAACAACAAUAACUCUGGUUCUGGAGCCAGUUCCCCUCCCACAUGCCCAUCCUCCCCCACCCCCCCAUCCACCACAGAGCAUGCUCCAUUCUGACCAUGUCGCUGGGUAAAGUAAAAGCUUUAAUGGCGCUAAUGAUAAUGAUGAUGAUGAUGAUGAAGGUCUCUGGUGGUUUUUAAAGCUGUCGUACACCCGGGCCUCCCAGCAAGCUCCUGGUCACAAAGACCUGUUGCAACAUUAUGAAAUCCAGUCAUGAAGAAGACAACGCCUAGUUGAAACCUGAGGAACCACGACACUCUCAUGGUCGCACACAUUCACCAGGUCAUCGCAGCGUAUUUGCCAUUUCAGCCCAGACGUUCGAAAGCCGCUUUUGAAAAAGUUUGAUAAUGAUGUAUUGCCUCUUAAUAAUGUUUAUUAAACCUAAACAAUCUUACUUCAGCUCUUACUUCUUACUUCACUGAGUAGCACAUCCUGGAGUGUAUCAGUCAACCUGACAGCGCUCUCUGGUGGACAAACUAUACUUUUACAUUUCUCUACCUCAACUUCUUGAUGAUCAUUGUCUGACAAAUACUUUAUCAUUUAUAUCUGGCUCAUAUUCACAUUCGCAAAUCACAAAACUAUGAUACUUGGAUCUAAAUGUUUGUAAGAGAAAUGAGAGCUCAUCCGGACAAACAAACUCACAAGUGUAGUUUGAUUAUAAUUCAACAAAAAACUCAAUAAGCCUGUUUCUUUCCUUCAAUGAGAACUUCCCUUGAUCCUUUAUAACAUGUGUGAUAUAUAUAUUUAUUUUAUUCUACAUUCAACCUGAGGGGGAAGCGAUCAGUUUAGAAACAAUCUCCAUCUCAACUCUCUCUGACACCGUGUCAUCAUAAACCAAACUUUGAAUUUAUCAUCUGAAAAAAGAUAGAAAAACGAAAGAAGAAUGUUGCACCUGAAGUUUCUCGAAUGUGAGGACGUGUCUUGCCUGGAUGAGGGUGUACGCACAUCUUUAUGAAAACCUCACAAUCUGCAAUGAUUUCCAAAACGUCUCAGACGGUCCAGCUCCCCCCCGACUCAGGCCUCGUGUUCUCAUUGGAGAUUGUGACCCAUCUGUUCUGUCGGUUAGCAUGUCUGUCUGUUCAUCUGUUUCCUUCUCUGUUCCUGUCUGCGCUUCUUGUGUUUUGGGAUUUCACAGUGGAGACGUCUCGGAUGUUAAACACUUACUGAACUGAUCCUUUCUUUUAAGCCAUUAGCUGUGGAAGGCUUUUUUCCUCUCAAAGUUUACUCAGAUCAUUCUUCCUCCUCAGAAAGCUUGAGCACACAAAUUCCAUUCCUCUGUGCUUUUUGUAGAAUCAUCUGAGUACCACAAAAACACUCAAGGAGUAUCAAAAACACUCAAGGUCACUGUAGCUGUAAUGAAAGUCAGUUUGUUCCUCAACCUUCCUGGAGACAAUCGCUCCGCUAGUCGCCCGCAAGGAGAUUACCAAACUGGUUUGUCCACUGAUGACAUCGUCUGUAACCAGGCAGAGUGUCUCUUGUCUCCAGGUCUGGUUACAAUCUGUCAAACUGAGGGAUCAUUACGUAGCAGAGACGUCGUUGCACAGGCAGAGAGCCGGAGUCUCUGGACUCCAGCUGCUGCUGCCGGCCGCAGCUUCAGCUUCAUGCUUGAGCUCCGCAGCGUUUUUCUUUGCUGCCUGUCGUCACCCUGGGUUUCAUCUGGUUCGGGAAGAGAAGUGUCAGACGUGGAAGAGAAGUUCCAGGUUCAUGUUCAACUCACCAUCAGUUCAAAAGUGGUUCUGACCAAACAAAUGGACUGAGCUCUGUUUGGAGAACCCAGGGACAGUAGCUCAGAAGUAUAAGACCCAGACCAGGAUCCAAUGGAGCUCUUGACUUGAUCUAAGUAAAUGAAGCCCGGAAUCGAACCUUGUCAAUAUCAUUAAAAACUAUUGACAACCUGAACUGUAGGUUGAGUUGAACUGGUGGUGGAUUGAGUUCAGCCUGGACACGGAUCUGCAGGUGCUGGUUUCACAAAGAUUAACUCUGGAAAAGCCACAGACCACAGGAUAAUAAUACGUCAUCUUUUAUAAAAAAGGUUCAGUAGUUGUAACUAAAAGCUUUGGUAAGUUAAUAUCUAUAAUAAUAUCAAACCUUUAUAAAAUGCGUUAAGCCGUUAAGCAACACCAGCGAUUUUUAAAGAUACUGCAUCAGGUGAAUUUCGGUCAGAAAAUGUCAUAACUCAAUCAAAUCUAAAUAACAAAUGAACAUCAGAGACAAAUAUCUUCAAACAAACACAGGCUCACAUGUGGUUAGUUGAAUAAACUCCCACAGCAUCUUUGAGCUCUUAAGUCCUAAUGUGGAUGGACCCAAUGUUUUUUUUUAAUUUAAUCACGGAUUUAAAAGAUGCUUACCAAACAUAUGGACGUGGUGUGAAAGACGUUUUAGACCCCUUCCCUUUAACUCUUGGUUAAAUUCCCUUUUCUUAAUAGUGCUGCAUUUACCAUUCACCUGCAGCUUAUUGAUAUGUCCAGCAGUAGAUGAUGUUGACUCUUCUGAAAGUCUGAAAAUCCACCUUUUUAUUAACGAAGUAAAUAAACUAGUUCUCGUUAAUGGCGUAUAACUGAUCUAUGGCAUGUAGUAACCAUUUAUUUUUAAUGAAGCUAUCAGUUAAAACUCUUUUGUAAAAGGUGUCUUAUUAGAAAUUGGAACAAAAAUUGUUUUUCUUUUAAUUAUUAACACUAAAAGAUUUAGUAAAUUGUCGAAUGAGCUGACGUCUGGUGAUAUAAAUUCUUCUCCUCAGAGCCUGAAGAGUGAAUCUGACGUGAAUCAGUCGAACAGAUCUUUGUGUAACCAACCUCUGGGGACUUGGGGAAAGUGAAAGUGACUAGAAACCGCUGCUCUCUCUCAUUCCUUCCUUUUUCCUUCUUCUCUCGUUAAUCCAGGAGCCCAGACUUCUCCUCCUCCUCCUCCUCCACCUCCUCCUCCCCCCCCUCCUCCUCCUAUGCCGGGCUCUUCCUCCUGUCCUCCUCCUCCUCCUCUGUCUUCCUCUGAUGGCGCAGGGGGAGGUCGUUCUGCUCUGCU